UCCGCUUAAACACCCCAUUGAACAACACACAGAAAAUUAAGAUUAGAAAAAAACGAAUUACUCAUUCUCACAAAUGGAUAAGACCCUCUUAAUCCACUCCAAAAUUCAAGGAAUUAUUCUCUCCCAAGCCUAAUCUUUCCUUGAUAAGAGAGAGAGAAAGAGAGAAACAUUUCGCCACUAACUCUGUUCCCAUAAUCUCCACCUUAAUCCCUCAUAAAAACACUCAAAAACUUGGACUAAAAUCACACACACAAAAACACCUCCCCCCCUCUCCCUCUCCCAAAUGGGCUCCUCUCACUUCUAUUCUUUCUCUUAGACCACUCAACUCCUCUGCCUCAACUUUUCAUUUCUUCUCUUCUCUUCUUGCAUUAAUAAUUUUGUUACAUGUUGUCACAUAUGUCCAUGGCUUACUACAACACAAGAGAAAUACAAGGCAAGCAAGCCCAUGAUCCUAUUUUCAUUGAAAAAAUGAAGAGCAAGUCCUCCUCCUCCUCCUGCUCUUCCUCUUCCUCCUCAUCACCAUCACCAUCACCACCAUCAUCUCCAUCAUCAUCAUCAUCAUCAUCAUCAUCAUCAUCAUCAUCAUCAUCAUCAUCGUCACCAUCGCCAUCGCCAUCGCCCCGAAUCGUAGUGUGUGUUCCCGGGCCGGUGAUCGUAGGUGCAGGUCCAUCAGGGCUUGCUACAGCCGCAUGCCUCCAAUUAAAAGGUGUACCAAGUGUGAUCCUAGAGAGAUCCAAUUGCAUAGCCUCCUUGUGGCAGCUCAAGACCUACGAUCGCCUUCGACUUCACUUGCCUAAGCAAUUUUGUGAGCUUCCCUUCAUGCCUUUUCCCAAUGAUUUCCCCACUUACCCUACAAAGCAGCAAUUCAUUCAGUACCUUGAAGAUUAUGCUACCAAGUUCGACAUUAGGCCACGGUUCAAUGAGGCCGUGGCCAGUGCCGAGUUUGAUUCCAAGCUCGGGUUUUGGCGCGUGAGGACCACCGGAGCCAAGGGCUGCGAUGAGACGGAGUAUGUGUGUCGGUGGUUGAUUGCUGCUACCGGUGAGAAUGCCGAGGCGGUGGUGCCUAAGCUCGAGGGAAUGGCUGAGUUUGGAGGGCCUAUUAGGCACACAAGUUCGUACAAAAGUGGUGAAGAGUUUAGAGAGAAGAAAGUUUUGGUUGUUGGCUGUGGAAAUUCAGGCAUGGAGGUGUGUUUAGAUCUAUGCAAUCAUAAUGCAAGGCCUUCUCUUGUGGUUAGAGAUACAGUACAUGUCUUACCGAGAGAGAUGCUUGGAAAAUCAACUUUUGGGCUGUCCAUGUUGUUGCUCAAGUGGCUGCCUAUAAGGCUGGUAGAUCGCCUCUUGCUGGUUGUGUCUCGGCUUCUUCUCGGCAACACCUCCCGACUCGGAUUGGACCGCCCCAAAUUAGGUCCCUUGGAGCUCAAGAACUUGUCUGGAAAGACACCGGUCUUAGACGUUGGUACACUGGCCAAGAUCGAAAGUGGAGACAUUGAGGUACGUCCAGCUAUCAAGAGGCUAAAAUGUCAUGCUAUAGAAUUUAUCAAUGGACGGACGGAGAACUUUGAUGCCAUUGUCUUAGCAACAGGUUACAGAAGCAAUGUACCCAUUUGGCUAAAGGAGGGAGAUAUGUUUUCAAAGGAAGAUGGGUUGCCUAGAAGGCCAUUUCCAAAUGGUUGGAAAGGUGAAUGUGGGUUGUAUGCCGUGGGGUUCACCAAACGCGGAAUACUUGGUGCCACAAUGGAUUCCAAAAGAAUUGCUGAGGACAUUGAACGGUGUUGGAAAGCUGAGGCAAAGCAUUGUACUCCCUUUAAAGGUUCACUUUUUCCACUAUCAUCAUCAUCAUCACCAUGAUGAUUUUGAUUUGAUGAGCUAAAGACACAGAAAGGCAGCUGGGAGACAGAGAAAGAGAGAGAUGGAGAUUUUGGCUUUCGCCAAGAAAAAAAUCAAACCAAAUGAUCAUUUGGAGGGGUUUUUUUAUAUAUGGUUUUUUCCAUAAGCAAAAAAAAAAAAAUUGUUGCAACCAAGGAAAAGUUGGCAUGCUUCUCCAAUUGAGGAAAAGAAAAAUGGAAAACCCACAACCAAAAAAAAAAAUGUGGGAAGUGGGGUGGAUUAAAAGGGUGAGAAUUAGGUCUAUGAUCCCUUUACUUUUGAGAUUGACAAGAAGCAAGCUUGCUGCAGGGCAUUGGGAAAGAGGAACUUUGAGAGGGAAAGAAAGCAUGGUGUGGUGGUAUUGUUUUUGCAGGGGGGAGGAGGGGACCUCAACAACUACUAGUUGUACACUUCUUGUACAUUACCAUUAUUGAUCUCUAGCUCUAAUUAGGUAUUACUUUUCAUAGAGAAAUAGAGAUCAGUGAGAGAUUUAAAAGGGCAGGAUUUGGUUUUUUUUUUUCGAGUGUAUGCAUGUGAUUGUGUU